AUGCAAAAACUCAUCACUGCUGUACUCGUCUUGUUGAUGAUUGGUUUUAUUGGUGCAGAGGAAUUAUCCUUCCAUCAACGUAAUCCAUGCUACAAGAGGGAUAAAAGAUUUGAUCAAAACGAUCCAAAGUACGUCCGUGAACAUUUAGUUUCACCAAAGCCUCAUACCUAUUUGAAGCCACAAGAUUUGCCAUCAUCAUGGGAUUGGAGAAAUGUUUCUGGAGUUAAUUACUUGUCCGUGACACGUAAUCAACACAUUCCAACUUAUUGUGGAAGUUGUUGGGCUCACGGUAGUACUUCUGCUUUGGCUGAUAGAAUUAACAUUGCUAGAAAGGGUCAAUUCCCACGUGUCUUGUUGAGUGUUCAACACGUUAUCGCUUGUGCUGAUGCAGGCAGCUGUUAUGGUGGUGAAGAUACUCCUGUCUAUCAAUAUGCUCAUGAUCACGGUAUUCCUGAUGAAUCAUGCAACAAUUACAAGGCCGUUAAUCAAGAUUGUUCUGCUUUUGCUGAAUGUGGAUUCUGUAAUUCAACUGGAUGUCAUUCCAUUUCAAAUUACAAAGUUUGGAAGGCAAAGGAAUAUGGUGAAAUCGAUGGAGAACAUCAAAUGAUGAGUGAGAUUUAUGCUAGAGGACCAAUCAGUUGUGGUAUUGAUGCUACCUCUGCUUUGGAAGCUUACACUGGUGGUAUCUUUGCUCAAUACAGAGAAGAUCCUUCCAUCAAUCACAUCAUUUCAGUUAUGGGUUGGGGAGAAGAAAAUGGAAAGAAGUUUUGGAUUGUUAGAAACAGUUGGGGACAACCUUGGGGUGAACAAGGAUUUUUCAGAAUUGUUAGAGGUAAUCAAGAUUACAAUCUUGCCAUUGAAACUGACUGUGCUUUUGCAGUUCCACUCGUUUAAUCAUCCAAUCUUGAAAUAAACUUAAUUUAUUACAAUUUCAAUAU